AUGAGCCCAGAUGAGUGGCGAGAAGUCAAGACACAAGUUGAUAUUCUCACUUUCCGGUGGGAUAUCCUGGGCAAGCUUCCCCCAGAAAUUGCCUGCUUUGUCGCAGAGAACUUACCCUUGGGCGAUAUCAUUCGCCUUCGAAGAGUCUCGCGACGAUGGCAGCAAGUACUGUCUGCGCCCUCGUCGUGCCGUGCUGCGGCUCAAGCAACCUUCAGCCAGGAUCUCUGGGCUCAUGCCUCCGAUUCUAGUUCUGAAAUGGACACGGCUGCCCCUGGCGCUUCGACCUCAGCUUCAAUCAUCUCUUCUGAUGCCCUCGCCCCUGCCAAUACCCCUGGCUCGGUCCUUGGCUUCGCCUCCGACUCCACUCCUUCGUUUGAUAAGAUUGCUCAAAAAAGACACCGACUGGAGCAAGGAAUCCCAUACAGAGUUACUGAAAGUCCAUCUCCAAUUUUCGGUCAAAUUCUCCCAGAGGACACUGACGUUAAGGCCGUUGUCACCUAUUCCAAAGGCAGCUGUGCCUGGCUGGGGAUGAAUGACAACCAAACCACCGUGAUGGUCUUAAACCUAGCGAAUACCGAAAGGAAGAUAUUUACUACCGAUAAUAGAGAAAAACUGUGCACUCUUCACUUUUCCAAGCCCUAUAUUGCUGCGGUGUCGAUCAGGGGAUAUUGCCACGUCUAG